AGCAACUCUCCUUCGUCAAAAUUAGUAUGACAACUUCCUCUCAUUUUGAAAAGGGAAAUUUAUUAUAUAUAUAUAUAUUGGCAGAUUCCUCCAGCCAUCAGAAAUAUUUCUUCAGCUCUUUCUUCUUUGUCGGUUUGGAAAGCUCGCAAAGUAGGGAGGACAACAAAUUUUAGAGCUCAUGCUGUUGCCAAGUGGGCUGUUGCUUAGAAAGCAGAAAAUUGAAAUUCUUUAAAGGUACACGAAAUUCGGAGCCUGACCCAAAAUCAGAAGUCAUGGAAGUCGGUGGUUUGGAGUUCAUACGACAUGGAGCCUCAAAAGUCAGCAACUUCGGCAGCACGUCUUUUCAGAUAUUCUACAUUUUUUCUCUGUUCUAAUGGGAACACGUACUAUCUACCGACAUAAUUCUUCCCCAUAAUCUAACACCUCUCAAAAUCUCUCUCACACACUGACACUGUCAUUCUAUUAUUUUAUGCUUUAUUGUACCUUGUUUUACUUCCUAAUCCUCCUUAACUAAUGUUUUUGCUGACAAAUUUGAACGCUUCGUUACUGUUGUUCUAGUUAUAUAUUGCAAUCCAAUCUUUGUCUACCAAGGUAGUCAAGCCCAUCUCUCUCUCUGGUUGAAUAAUGGCUGAUUUUUCAGACAAGGGUAAUUCAGGGUGUUUCUCCAACAUGUUACGCCGGAUUUCAUGCUUUAGGAGUCUUCCAACUCACCCAGCCGAUCACAUUCUUGAGCCAAAGGCAGUCGAGUCCGAGAAUCGGAAGGAAAAUCCAGAAGCUGCUACUAACCCAGGAAUCGUGGCAAGACUAAUGGGCUUAGAAUCAUUGCCAGCGAACAAUUGGGUUUCAAGAAAAGAAAUCCCAGAUUCAGUUGUGCGAAGUAGGUCGGUGAAUUUUGCGGAUUAUUUGCUGGGGUUUGAUUUAAGUACUCAAGCCCAGCAGCAUCGCCGGGUCAGAACAUCGGUGUCGUUUCGGGAGGCUCCAACGUUGUCAAAUCAGCAGAAUCAUGAUUUCUUGGUUGUGUGCUUAAAUGGUGUGGAUGAAAGUACCAAGGGAAUGAGGUCGAGAGUGAGGAAAUCUGAGAUGGGUUUUGGAGAAAUGAAGCAGAGUAAGGAACAGAGGAGCAAGAACAGGGAGAAUAGGAGGGAGAAAGAGGUUGUGAAGAAGGAGAAUCAAGGAAACAACAAGAUCUCUAAGUUAAGGGAUGAACCUCGGAGACGGAGAGUCUCCACCAAAAAGAAUGAGCGAAGAAAUGUGCUCACAGGUUCGAAGACGAAAAGUCCAUUGAAGCCAAUAAAUCAGAAGAAACUAUUCGUUGAACCCAAGUUCACAGGGAAAAGAAAAAUUAAGCCUGUAGCUGUGAAAGAAAAGCCCGAAUGUGACUCUCAAAAUGCAAGUCCAGUGUCUGUUCUUGACAUCAAUGAUUUAUCAGAGCCUUCAAGGUCCAUGAAGUUGAAUUUAAGUCGAAAAUCUUCAGGAAGAGUUUCUUGUACUGAUGAUAUCAGAGGAGGAGCAAUCAAGAACGAGGAUUGCGAAUUGAUGGACAUUUCAGAGACACAGUAUUGCAAGGAAGUGGUAGGGAAUCUUUAUAGGUUGACAGAAAAUGAUAUCAAGGAGUCAAAUUGGAUAGCAAAGAACCUCCUCGGAUUUGAAGGUUUUGAAGAAGUCUGCAUGGAGUUCGAGCAACAAGUUCUCAAUGUACUACUAAAUCAGGUUGUAGAUGAAUUUGUCGAAAUUCCAGAGAAAAGCCAAUGGCUCUUGAAAUAGAGAAAUGAUAAUGGUGUUUUUCAAA